CCCCGCCCCGGGCACUAACUCUCAGCGCAGACCGUCACGGUAACCGAUCGGCGGGAUUUGGAAGAGUUUUCUGAGGAAAUGAGUAAAAUGACCACGACGUGGGAAAUAUCCGAUUCGGAAGCCGAAGAGGAUAAAGAAUCAAAAGGCACUUUACAAAGUGGCGAAAGGUCUCGCGACUCCGGAGAGAGAAGCGUUUCGGUUCCGCCGCCAUCGUUGGAACGCGAUCGGCCGAGUCCGGCAAAAAGGCGCCGUUCCAAGGAGGAGGUCGAGGCGGACCGGGACCAAGCCGGGCGACGGAGGGAGGCUCGGGAGAAGAACCGAGCCGCGAAGGAGCGACAGAAGCAGGAGAAGAGAAAGGAGCAAGAGAAAAGGAAAGAGGCCGCGCAACGUCUCAAGCCGGAGAACUGUCUCCGAUCUUUGACGGUGUGCGUAGAUUCAGCUCUCCUGCAACAGCCGGGCUGCGACGUCCUGCUGGGCACCCUCUCUUCUUUCCAAUGGCGGUACAGCAUCCGACAGCAAGCGCUUGCCAACAGCAUCACGUGGACCAGGGAUUUACCUCAGCUGACCGAGGGUGCCGCCGGAACGGUUGCGGAGGACCAACUGGUGCAGGUGCUCAGCGCAUCCCAAUUCGUCGACGUCGUCGUCGCCGUGAAAAAACUGAUUGACAGCGACGGGGAAGAACUCGAGGGGCAUCCCGUCCCGGGUCCGUUGGCGGAGGGCUUCCGACUUGAUGCGGCGAAGGUGGCCACUCUCUUGGUCACAGAGUCCCGUCCGGAGUCCAGGAGGGCCGCCUUGGCCGAAACGAUCCGCUCCAGAUGCGGCGGGGGGAACGCGGACGUCGAGGAGGUUCUCGUGUUUCUGCAGCUGCGGAAGAACGUGGCCGUCUUCUUUGUGGAAAGCUGGCGGGACGUCACCGACCACGUGUGCGCCGUCACCAAGUCCUUGUCCAAACGGCCUUCGAAGCAGCUGACGGAGCGAGCGGAGCUGCCCUUCUGCGCCGAGGGCUCGUGGGCCGGCGGGGCGCGCGUGGAGAAGGACGGCUCCGGCCUCCGACGGGUGUGGAGCGAGCAGAUCCGGCAGCUCAACAGGGUCGGCGGGGCCACCGCCUCCCGCGUGACCGCCGCGUACCCGUCGCCGCGGCUGCUGCUGCAGGCUUACAGGGCAGCGCGUUCAGAGGAGGAGCGCGAGAAGCUGCUGGCCCAUCUGGCGGUGAAGGGCGACGGCAAGGACAGGCGGGUCGGGCCCGAGAUUUCCGCCAGAGUUUACCGCUGCCUCACCGCUCAGAACCCAGAACUGGUCCUGGACUAACUCCAACGAUGGUUUUCCGUCUCGCUGCGCGCCAUGUCGCCGAGCCGCUCUCACGUGACCGUUGAAGUCAAGAAGCCAAACGUCUGCCUCGGGGAUUCGCUUCCAAAUAACACCACGCCGUCCGUCAUGCAAGGAAAUCCAUUUCGAAUAAAAAUGAUUCAAUUCAAAACAAAUCUGCAGCAGA